AGAAAAUAAGCUUCUUCUUUCUCACACCUUAAAUUUACAAUUAAUGUCCAAAGAUCUUUCUAAUAAAAACACCCAACUUCAAGAUGAUGACUCCGAUUUCGAUGAUUUAUUAGAUGAUGUUCUUGACGACAUGGUCGCCCCUGAACCCAAAGCUCAGCAAGUUCAGGCCAAGAAAGAAACACAAUCUACAGCACCAAUCUACGACGACGAUCCAGCAGUACCAUCCUUAACCGACAUGCUGGAUAGCGAUGACUUUGCUAAGCAAUUAGCAGCAAAUAUGGAGCAGUUGAUGGGACAAAUGGGUGGCGCUGAUAUCGGAAAACCUGAUGAUAUGAAUAAAGCCUUUGAACAAGUGUGGGCCUCCUUUGAUGGCAAUACUGCUGCUAAUACAAGCGUACCCACUGCAGCCCCUUCCACGCGCGAAGUUCCCAAGGUACCACAGUCCUUCCAAGAUACAAUUGGUCAGACUAUGAAUAAACUCAAGGAUAGUUCAAAGGAAAUCAAGACUUCUAUCAACGAGGAAUCAGAAGACGCAUUUAUGGCUGAAUUAAUGAAACAAAUGGAGUCUUUGGCCGACAAUGGUGAAUUUGAAGGAGUUUUAGAAGGAAUGAUGAGUCAAUUAAUGUCAAAGGAGUUACUCUAUGAGCCUAUGAAAGAUUUAUCCCAAAAAUACCCUGCUUGGUUAAAGGAGCACAAAGACACUGCAGAUAAAGCAGAUUAUGAGAAAUACACACAACAACAUGCCAUUUGCCAACAAAUUGUUGCAAAAUACGAAGCACCUGAUUUUGAUGAGAAGAAUGAGGUCCAGGGUAAGAAGAUUAUGGACUUGAUGACAAAGAUGCAAGAUUUAGGUCAACCUCCUGCUGAGCUUUUAGAUGAAAUGGCCCCUGGUAUGAAUUUCGGUAAUCCCGAGGGUAUGCCCGAUAUGAAGGAUAUGGAGAACUGUAAUAUUAUGUAAAACAAAUAAAGACCUCAAGAAUAGUCAUAUAUAUUUAUUGUUAUACA